GUUAAAUAUUAUUGAUACUAAAGUGGCGCUAUUAAUAAUCGGUUGCCAUUGCGAGUUAGCCGUUUUUUGAUCGCAACUCCGCUUUUUAUCCGGACCACCACAGGUUAUUCUCCCUUGUACUCCGGAAAAGGCUUUGUAUAUAUUAGAACCUGUAUUGUUUCUAUCAUUAAAAAUGUCUAAGCGCACUAAAAAGGUCGGCGUCACCGGUAAAUACGGUGUUCGUUACGGAGCAUCCCUUAGGAAGCAGGCCAGGAAGAUUUUGUUGCUUCAGCACACUCACUACAACUGCCCAUUCUGUGGCAAGGACUCAACUCGCUGGAAGGCUGUUGGCAUUUGGGAGUGCAAGCGUUGCAAGAAGCGUGUUGCUGGUGGUGCCUGGUCGAUGAGCACUUCUACUGGUUCGACUAUCAAGUCCACCAUUGAUCGUCUUUACAAGCAGAAUGUGGAGGCUCAGUAACUGUUUUUACG